AUGGCAACAGCACAAAAACUUCGUAUAUUGGGUAUUAUUGGUUCUCUAAGAGCAAAAUCAUAUAAUCGUCAAUUAAUGAUUAAUGCACAACAAAUUAUUUCUCAUAUGGAUAAUGCUGAAAUAGAAAUAUUUGAAGAUAUUGGUCAAUUACCAUUUGUUAAUGAAGAUAAAGAACUAGAUUAUUGUCAAAAUGAUGAUAAUGUUAAACGUUUUAAACAAUCAAUUGAACAAUCAGAUGCUGUUUUAUUUGCAACGCCAGAAUAUAAUUUUUCUAUUCCCGGUGUAUUAAAAAAUGCUAUUGAUAUUGGUACACGACCAGGUCCUAAAAAUAGUUUUAUAAAUAAAGCAAUUGGUGUUAUGUCAGCAUCACCAGGAAAUUUAGGUGGUAUUCGUGCACAAGGUGUUCUACGACAGACAUUUUUUGCAUUUGGACCAUCAACCGGUUAUCCAGAAUAUAUUUUACCUCGUGCUGGUCAAGCAUUUGAUGAACAGGGAAAAUUAAAAGAUGCACAAGCUGAAAAAUUAUUAAAAUCAUAUUUACAACAGUUAGUGAAUCUGGCGUUAAAACACAAGAAUAGUAGUCCUACAACAAUAAAGAGUAACAAAUGA